GAUAGCAGAGAGCCCCAGGCUGCAGCAUUUCACUCCGUGUCCACAGUUUCUACAAGUCCUGUACAUGUGUAUCCAGCUGUUGCUGUGUGUGAAGUCACCCAGUACAUGAAUACCUCCCUUCACUUACAGACUGGCUAUAGGACCCUGCAGAAUCCCUGCCCUCCCUGGUGUCUGAGUCCACAAAGGGUGUGUAGACUCUGAAAAUCAAACUUUUGCUUUUCCUUCCAUGUGGGGCACAAGGAGCCUUGGACGACUUUACCGCCUGUCUCUGCAGUUGCUGCAACCUGCCCCUCAAGACGACCUGCAUUCUUGUCCUCACAUGGUUAAAGCCGAAGUCAUUGGAGAAAAACUUCUCAUCUUCCCAAAGUGGGUGUAGCAGAGUUCUCCUGGCACUACAAAGACAGCUCCUGGGCAGGAAAGGGUGUCAGUCAUGAAAUUAAACUAGCCCCAUAAGAUACCCCAGGGAUGAGAUCCUUCCAAGAAGAAGAAGGAGAAGGAACCUGUGAUGCCCCCUGCUGAAGAGGACUAUGCCUGAUCUGGAGAAGACGUUUUGGUAGCUGCAAGUUUUGCCAACCUGCACUUUGAUAUGUUUGUCUUGCUAGUCUUCUGCCUGCACUCACUGCUCUCUCCUGCCCUAGGACAGACUAUCCCCGAAGCAGAUCAUUCCAGCUUCAUCCCAGAUUCCGAAGGUGACCUUUACUUCCUACUGGACAGUUCAGGAAGCGUCAGCUAUGAUGAGUUUUCCAAAGUCAAAGAGUUCAUUGGGGAUCUUCUACAACCCUUCAAGUUUGGUCCACAGGACGUUCAGGCUAGUGUUGUUCAGAUCAGCACCAAUCCUACACUGGAAUUCUCCUUGAACCAAUACCAUUCCAGUAAGGAUGUCAUAAAAGCCAUCCAGAAUGUACGGCAGCGAAUGGGGGAUACAAAUACAGGCAAAGCUAUUGAUUACGUAAAACAAAAUCUGUAUGCAGAAAACUUUGGUUCUAGGGGUGAUGUCCCAAAAGUUCUGGUUUGGGUGACAGAUGGAUUGUCCACUGAUGACAUCUCUACGCCAAUGAAGCUUCUCAAGGACAUGGGUGUUUCAGUAUUUAUUAUUUCCACGACGGGUCGAGGAAAUUUCCAGGAUUUAUCUGCUGCAGCCAGUGAACCAGAUGAGAAAUACCUAAAGUUUGUUGACAAGGAUGAUCUUGGCAUUAUUACAAAGGAGCUACGGGACUCGAUCAUUGAACUGAUUCAAGCGAAGAGACUUCAUGCAGUAAAUAUAACAACGACAAGUAUCCAGCUGACCUGGCCAAGAUUACUGUCCAAGGAUACAGGACAUUAUGUUUUAGAAUAUGUCCCGGUAGCUGAUCCAAGGAAGAAGUUACAGCACACUCUGCGCGGGGAUCAAACAAGCUUAGAGAUUACAGGGUUAACUGCAGAUACCAGUUACAAGAUCACACUGUACCCCGAGUCAAACAUUGAGUAUCUCCAGCCUCAAACCAUAGAAGUCUCUACUCUUCAAGAAGUGAAGGAAGAAAGGAAUUUGGAAGCCCUGAAUAUAACAACCACAAGUUUCUGGUUGACUUGGUCAAAGUUAUCUGGAGAUACAGGGACGUAUGUCUUGGAGUAUUCUCCAAUGUCUGACCCAAGAAGAAAGUUACAGAAGACGACAUCAGUGGAGGAGACUAGUGUGGUUUUUAGUAAUUUAACCCCAAAUACCACCUACAAGGUCACACUCAUACCUGAUUCCAAUGACCCAAAUAUUCAACCUGAAACAAUCCAAGUGUCCACGCUCCCAGAUUAUAUCCCAGCAAGAAGUCUAAAGAUUUUCAAUAUCACUUCCACCAGUUUCAAUGCCAGCUGGUCCAAGUUAGCAGGUGACACAGGACGUUACUUUCUGGAUUAUGCUUUACUAUCUUACCCAAGGAGAAAGACAAGAAAGACCUUCUAUGGAAACCAGACCAGUGUGGUGGUCGGCGGUUUAACACCAAAUACCACCUACCAGGUCACAUUUAUUCCUGAAUCCAAUCUGGAGGCCUCGCAGUCACAGACGUUCCCAGUCACCACUCUACCAGACAUAAUCCAAGCAAGAAAUCUACAAGUCUACAAUAUCACCUCAAGAAGUCUUCAUUUAAGCUGGUCCAGACUAGAAGGUGAUACAGGCCAUUAUAUAGUGAAUUAUGUAUCGGCUUCUCAACCACAUGCAACAUCAAAGAUGUCACUGCACGAUGAGAACAGUGUGGAAAUUGGAAACCUAAGACCAAACACCACCUAUCAGAUCACCUUUGUUCCAGAAUCCAACAGGCAAUACAUCCAGCGGCAGUCAAUAGAACUCACCACCCUCCCGGAACAUACCCGGACAAGGAAUUUGCAGGCUCAGGACAUCACAAGUACUGGUUUUAUCUUAACCUGGUCAAGGCUGCCUGAAGAUGAAGGGCGUUAUGUUUUGGAGUACGUUCCAGUUUCUGAUCCAGGGAGGACACAACAGAAAAUUGUGUAUGGAGAUGAGACCAGUGUGUCUGUAAUUGACCUGAGAUCAGAUACCACCUAUCAGGUCACAUUGAUCCCAGAGUACAGUGGAAAUUAUGCUCUUCCUGAAGUCAUCAUGGUUUCCACUCGAUCAGAACCAAUUCAGCCAAGGAGUUUGCAGGUCAUUAAUAUAACAGCGACGAGCUUCUUGGUAACCUGGUCCAGGGUUCCUAGAGACUGGGGCAGUUAUGUUGUGGAAUAUUCCCCAAUAUUGGAUCCAAGUGCAAAAUUCAGAAAGACCGUGCCUGGGGAUGUGAGCAGCGCGAUGGUUAGUAACUUAGCCUCCAAUACCACCUAUCAGGUCUCGCUUAUCCAUGAGUCCGGUGUCCAGUAUGCCUCAAUUCAAGUAUCUACUCUCAUGGAUCCAAUCAAAGCAAGAAACCUGCACAUUCAGGACAGAACAUCUACAAGUUUCCAGCUGUCCUGGUCCAGGUUGGCUGGAGACACAGGGCGCUACGUGUUGGAGUAUGCACCAUUAACAGAUUUAAGCAAGACCGUACAGAACGUUUUAUAUGGAGAUCUGACUAGUAUGUUCUUCAGCAACCUAAACCCAGAUACCGUCUACCAGGUUACCUUUAUCCCUGACUCCAAGGGGCACUUUAACCAGGUGCAGCGUAUCAGAGUUUCCACACUUCCAGAUCCAAUCAAAUCAAGAAACCUGCACAUUCAGGACAGAACAUCUACAAGUUUCCAGCUGUCCUGGUCCAGGUUGGCUGGAGACACAGGGCGCUACGUGUUGGAGUAUGCACCAUUAACAGAUUUAAGCAAGACCAUACAAAAUGUUUUAUAUGGAGAUCUGACUAGUAUGUUCUUCAGCAACCUAAACCCAGAUACCGUCUACCAGGUUACCUUUAUCCCUGACUCCAAGGGGCACUUUAACCAGGUUCAGCGUAUCAGAGUUUCCACACUUCCAGAACCAGAUCACCAAAGGAAUUUGCAGGCCAUUAAUAGAACAGCGACAAGCUUCUUGGUAACCUGGUCCAGGGUUCCUGGAGACUGGGGCAGUUAUGUUGUGGAAUAUUCCCCAAUAUUGGAUCCAAGUGCAAAAUUCCAAAAGACCGUGCCUGGGGAUGUGAGCAGCACGAUGGUUAGUAACUUGGCCUCCAAUACCACCUAUCAGGUCUCGCUUAUCCAUGAGUCCGGUGUCCAGUAUGCCUCAAUUCAAGUCUCUACUCUCAUGGAUCCAAUCAAAGCAAGAAACCUGCACGUUCAGGACAGAACAGCUACAAGUUUCCAGCUGUCCUGGUCCAGGUUGGCUGGAGACACAGGGCGCUACGUGUUGGAGUAUGCACCAUUAACAGAUUUAAGCAAGACCAUACAGAACGUUUUAAAUGGAGAUCUAACUAGUAUGUUCUUCAACAACCUAAACCCAGAUACCGUCUACCAGGUUACUUUUAUUCCUGACUCCAAGGGGCACUUUAACCAGGUGCAGCGUAUCAGAGUUUCCACACUUCCAGAAGUUAACCAGAGGAGACCUCUAUAUACUCGGGAUAUUACAACAUCAAGUUUCCAGCUGGACUGGUCAAGGGUGCCAGGAGACAAUGGACCCUACAUAGUGGAACUUGAAUUAGUGUCAGAUCCAAGGAGGAAACUUAGAAAGACUUUGCCUCUUGAACAGAUGAAUGUGAUAUUUAGUCAUUUAAGCCCAAAUACUCAAUACCGGGCCACUGUCUUCUCAGAGUCCAAUAUCCAACAUGUUCCACCUCAGAGCAUUCAAGUCUCUACACUUGAGGAACAACUUUCUCCAUUCCAAAUCUUAAUCUCUGACCCCAGUGCACACAGUUUCCGGGUGAGUUGGGGUCCCAACCUUGACAGUGUUGCUGGAUAUGAAAUUCAAUACGGACCGAUCCCCAGCAAUAUCGUACGAACCUUGCAGGUGGACAGCAGGGUGAAUAGCACUGUUCUGGAGAACUUGAGAUCCAACACAACGUACCUGGUUACAGUGUCUGCCAUCUUUAAAUCUGGCGGCGAGAAAGCUUUGUCUGCCAUAGCAUGCACCGAACACAAUGAGACAAAGGUAAAGUACCUGCAUUUAAAAGACCUGGGCUCCAGCACUGUGAAGGCCACAUGGGGAUCUGCAGAUGGAGACGUGCAGGGUUAUCAUGUACGGUGCAGAAGGCAAGUGGGCCGUUCCACAGUCAUCAGUGUAGCGCCACAGGCUAAAAGUAUAUAUUUGACAGACUUGGCAGAAGGAACCAUGAAUAAGAUCUGUGUCAUGCCUAUUUAUAAGGAUGGAGAUGGAAAAAAUCUGUGCCGAAAGAUUCAGAUGCAACCAGGAACAUCAGCGAACAACUAUUCAAGCAUAUCAACCCGGUAAAUGGAUGUUAAAAGAUGCCAUGAAGGCCAUCAUGAGUGGAGCCACAUGAAAGCCACAGGCUCUACAGGAUGAGAAACCUUCACUCUCUGGACGUUUCUACAGAAGGAAAACUACUGGGAGCAGAGCUUGGGCAUUUAGGCCUGUAGAAUAGACUAGAUAACCUAGUGCAGGCAUGCUCAACCUGCAGCCCUCUAGCUGUUGUAAAACUGCAACUCCCACAAUGCCCUGCUGUAGGCUGAUAGCUGUAGGCUGUUCGGGCAUGCUGGGAGUUGUAGUUUUGCAACAGCUAGAGGGUCGUAGGUUGAGCAUGCCUGACCUACUGUAACAUCCCCGUGGUCAACAAGAGUGACCAAAAUGAACCACUUCAUAACCACUUCAGACUGUUCCUAACAGUCAUUUUAAGGGGUUCUCCAGGACUAAAAAAAUUGAUGGCCUAUCCCGAUAGGCUGUUAUUAUCAAAUUGGUGGGAGGCAUCAACACUCAACACCCUCUGAACUGCUGAUUUGAAGAUGCCACAACGAUCCAGUGAGUGCUGCGUCUCCUUCAUUGUUUAACAGGCACAUCUAGGUACUUUUAGUAUUGGCUGUAUCUAGCACAACAACUCAGAGCAGCUCAGUCCAAUUCAAGUGAAAGGAAUUGAGCUGCAAUACCAGGUACAGCCUCUAUCAAAUGUACGACGCUGUGUCUGGUAAACAACAAAGGAAACCUGUGAUCAGUUGAUCGGCGGGGUUGAUAAGAAUCGUACCCCACUGAUCUCAUACUAAUAACUGAUCCGAAGGAUAGGCCAUCAGUAUUUCUACUGGAAAACCCCUUAAACUGUUAUGUCAAAGAAGGCUGGUUACCUGCUGUAUAAUACAAUGGACAUCUUGCCUCAACAUGGGCCUAGGAAAUGGUAUGGCUGAUAACUGAGGUCUUUGAAGAAGCAAAAGAUGAAUGUGUGUUUUUAUAUAACUGAGGAAAUCUGUUACAAAAACUCAUUAGCAUAAAGGAAUGCAACCAAGAUCAGAGUCGAGAG